AUGACCGUAACUGCGACAGGUUAGAUUUUUUCAAUUCAUGAAAUUAAAAAUUUAGCAAGAGUUUUUUCAGUUAUAAGUUAGGUACUUUGUUAUUUUUGAGUUUUUUAAGGAAGUCGAUAUUGACAAGUCGAAAAUUUUGAGAAAAUGAAAUUUGAAUCAAUUUGAUAGAGCUUCAUAGAAGAAAAUUGAACAAAUUUCGAAUCUAUUGAUUUUUCGGGCCUUUUUUUCGUUUUUUUCUGAAGGAUUUUUUUGACGAAUAAUAGGAAUAUUUGGGAUUAGAACGUUUUGAUUUGAAUUCAAACGAAUAUUUUUUUCAGAAUACCCGAAAAUCAGUAAAUUUUUGAGAAAAAAAGAAUAUGAAGAACCUCUUUCUAAAAAAAUAAGAAUUUUCCGAAAAACUUUUUCGUCCUUUUUUUCAAAAAAAUAUAGCUUCCAAGUGCAUAUAAAAAAACUUUUUUUCGAUAGAAUCUUUGUAUAUUUUUCACUUGAAUAAUCUGUUUAAGCCGUUGCCUUUUUUCAGGUGGAGUGCAAAAAGGCGAUGUAAUUUGGGUUCCUUAUCGGAAGGGGCCUAUGUGGCCUGCUUUGGUCCGUUUAUUUAUUUUUUCAUUUUCAAUUACAUUUUCAGAAGUUCAGUUUAUAUAUUCAAGAUUUCAUCAACUUUUAUUGUGUUGAUGCGGAAAAAAUGCGGUUAAUGAUAUUUUAUAAGCUUUUUUGAAGAAUAUUAUAUUACGUUAUUUUCAAAGGUUUUCGAAGCUUUAGAAAUUCUCAUGAAACUUAUCUUAUUUAGAACGCUUUUUACAGUGUCUUUUUUUACAUAAUAACCGAAAUAGCUAAAAGCCCAUUUAUUGAGAUUAUUUGAACUGAAACUACUGAAACUGGAAGAAAUCCGGCUUUUUGACGCUAUUUUUGAUAUUUGAGAUAGUUUUUUCAGAUUAAAAAAAAUUCAAUCCAAAUUAGUAUACUGAUCAGUUCGAAGUUAAGUUUUCAGAAUUUUAAUUAUCAUUAUCUAUAUAAGGAGAUCAGCUACUAUUUCGUUGAAACCGCGGAAAAAAAAAAAAUGUUUUUAAUGAAUCUUUGGAAGUUUUUCGAGCUAUUUAUUGAAUUAAUCUUAUUAAGGAAAUUUACAAAAUUCUUUUUUUUUAUCGAAUCAAAAAGUUAAGAAUGUAGGUAUUAAGAACGAUUGCAUCAACUUUCCUACAGAAAUUGAAAAAAUCUGGUUUUUUCGACACUUUCGAAUCUUUUCCAGGUUUCAAUAGAACUUGUUUUAUGGAUUUUUCGUUCCAAAAGCUCAAAAUCAUGUUUUUUUUUUCAGGUCCAACAUGUCUACCCCAAGAAAAUCACCUACGUUUUCUUCCCGGUCCCGAAAGACGAAGGCAAAAAAUCGAUGACGUUCAGUAGCCCUCCGAAGGUUCAUUUUUCAUUGAUUUCUGUGUUUUUUCUUGAUUUUUUGUGAAAAACGCUAUUGUAGUAACAAAGAAGUUUGAAAGGUUUUUUCAUCUAAAGUCCUAAAAUUUAAAAAACCAAUUUCAUAGUUUUUAAAUGAAAUUUUUUUGUACAGAGCUGUGUAUUGAUUGAAGAAAAAAUUAGAAAUUAUUCAAUUUAUUUGAGAAAAGGCUUUACUGUUCAUAAACUUGUUAAAAUGAAAUUUUAAGUGUUCUAGGAUGGUUUUUCUUUUUUUAAAUCUCUCAGAAUCUUAAACUCCUGAGAUUUUCUGAAAAAUCAGUUUUUCGAUUCCGGAACGAAUUCGUUUCUCUACAAAGGUAUUAAUGGAUUGAAAGAGAAAAAAAUGAGAACUUGUUUGAUUUCAUUUGAAAAAAGCUGAUUUUAAACUGAUAGAAAUGGAGUUUUUAAGAUUUUAUGAAGUAAUUUUAGCGAUUUCAAGAAUUUUCCAAAAAAAUUAUCAUUAAGGCGAUCUUCGCUUUGAAAAUUGACGAGAAUUUGGAGUCGAAAUCGUCGAAAGAACUCGUCGAGGCGUUCAAAGAUGCCGUGAAAUAUUUGAAGGAGAAAGGAAUCGACAGGGUUGGUUUCCAAUUAAAUGAAGGCUGAAAAUGCAUGCUUUUCAUCGAGGUUUCAGGGCAAAAAUGUCAUUUUUCGCAUUUUCCAGGGUUCUUCCAUCAAAUCUCGCGACGAGGAAGAAUCUGAGGAACAGAAAUCGACGGAACCUCUCUCGCCCAAAAAGACGGAAAAACCGAAAACGGCUGAGAAACGGACAAAUUCGGACAAAGACGAGGCUCCGGAAGCGAAAAAGUCGGCGAGGAUCAUGACCAAACUGGCCCCGGCAAGCCCCGAGAAGAAGCUCAAGGCCAAGGAAAAGCCGAAAAAGGCCAAAAUGGAAAAGUCCGAGGCUUCGUCAGCCUCUUCCGAAGCUUCUUCGGCCCCCGGCGUCAUUUCGAGAAGAACUAAUCGGAGUUGGUUUUCUUUUCUUUGUUAGUUGUUGAGAGACCUCUUGAGGGGAAUCAGCAGGGUCAUGAUUAACAGGAAAGAAUUCGGCGCGUUUCUGAGAUUUUUUUGUACUUCGAUGAUUUCUAACUGCUUAGAAGUUUUAAAAAAGCCACUUUAGUCCUUUCUUUUCAGCGAUUUUUUUAUGAAUUUUGUGUAACUUUUUUUGUCUUGAAGGGACUUCUUGAGGGAAAUUAGAAUUUUCACAAUUAUAAGGAAAGAAUUUGAGGCGUUUUUAAGGUUUUUUUUUAGGUUUUUAUCUAAAUAGGUUUUCGAAUUAUUCAACUUUUUGAAAAAUGAAAAAAAUGAAACGUUGUUUUCGAUGAAACUUACUAGGGAACUUUUUUUACCCCUCGUCUGAAGUUCUUUAGUUAGCAAUAAUAAUUCUUUUUGAAGAAACAUUAUCAAUGAGUGGGAAAGGAUUCAUUUUAGUUCCAGUUGAAGCCAACAAAGACAGCAGUGGUCCAAUCCAGCGAUCGACGUCUUUCACUGGGCCUCUGAAGCCGAAGGAGAAGAAGCAACUUCUGGAAAAUGUACCUCAAAUUAUCGAUUUUGUAUUGAUCCCUGAAAAUGCAUUUUUCAGAUCCGAAAAAGCCUCGAUCGAUAUUUCAAGGAGCACUGGAAACUCAGCAAGAAAUACACUCGGCCGCCACUUUACGCCAUGAAUAUAUCCUUCGAUUUUCGUGAUUAUUUCACAGGUUUUCCUUUAAAAUGAACUAUCCGAGAAAAAAACCUAGUGGCCAUUCCUAAAAGACUACUUGAAGUGGACACUAAAGUAGUCAGUAAUCUCUUCUAUAGAAGUCACUAUUCUGCAUCUUACUGACCGGUAUAUUAGUUUUAGUGGUUCUAGUUGUACCACUGAGAUUUCUAAACAAAUCACCAAAUUUGAGCCAGUUUGAGUGGCCACUAAUACUUCAAAAACCCUGAAGUGGCCUCUUAAGCCACUUCUAUAAAAGCCACUUUUUUCCGUCUUAGCUCCCGCUAUAGUAGUUUUAGUUAUCCAGUGCUACGCCUUAGACUUCUGAAGAGGCCACUAAUUAUUAGCCGCUUCAGUGGCCACCAAUUCAACUAUUAUAGCAAGCACUAAAGAUUUUCCAAGUAUAAUCGCGAUGUUUUCUUUCAGAAGAAGACUGUUUCACGGUGGAGCAGCUGGUGGACCGACUUCUGGACCUCGUCAAGAAGGAAGACGUCGGAUUUUCGGGCGCCGCCGCCAUUCAUUUCGUCGCAAAGAUUCUCUUCCCGGAAAUUGUCAUCGGAGCCCUGAUGGAGGUGCUUUUUGGGCUUUUUGUUGAGAAAAAGGAACUAGGAAAGAAUUUUUUAUAUUUGCGACUCUUUCUGGAUUUUAUCAUUUUUUUUUUUCAGACAAGAUCCUUGGAUCGCGUGACUGCUGCGAAACUGUAUGGACACUUGAAGACGUUUAAAAAAAUGGGUCGGUUUUUAAAGAUCUAUAAAUGAGUUAUUUUUUUAACUUCAAAAAAAGAAUAAGUUAGUGAUUCAUAUAGGAUCAUUUGAGCCAUACGUCGGCUGGCACUCCGGGGUGGGAUCUAGCCGACGUUUGAUUCUAGCCAAUUAUUGUUAUAAACUCUAUGAGAAGAAACUUUUCUAUGUGAAAAACUCGAUAAACUGGCUUUUUUGAAGGUAAAAACAUUAAGAGACAAUACAUUGCCUUAUAAUUUCAAAAUCUGAAGAUAAAAUAAGAAUGCCCUAUAGGGGCCACUUGAGCUUUAGGGGUUCAAGGGUCACCCCUACAGGACCCAUUGACCAUUUUGUCUCACCAACUACAAAGACCAUUUAAGCUUUACGGUCGGAUUUCAACCCCUACAAUGAGCAUUUUUCAUCCCUAGAGGAACCGUCUUGUCCCCUUAUCCCUAUAGGGGUCACUAUUAGGGUUCUCAGGCAGCUCAUCCGAAAAAAAAAGAUGAAUUUUAGAUACGGUGAAAUGGUGAGCGGGCCACUGGAAGCGCUGGUCCAGGUGGCCUGUCAGGAGCGCGAAUCUCUCUCCGAAUAA